AAUCAAACACAAAAAAGGAUUAGGAUUUACCUGAAGAAAUGAGUACGGGAAACAUAGCUCGGAGAUGGAGGGAACUGAGCGGCCAAAACCACUGGAACGGUCUGCUCGGCCCUCUGGACAUGGAUCUCCGCCGAUACCUCCUUCACUACGGACAAAUGGCACAAGCAACAUAUGACAGUUUCAUUGCUGAGAAAAUGUCGCAAUUUGCCGGAAACAGCAGAUACUCGAUGAAGAAUCUGUUUUCCAGCGUAGGACUUACCAUCAACAACAUUUUUAAGUAUAAACCUGUCAAGUACUUGUAUGCAACUUCCAGUGCAGAAGUUCCUCAAAGUUUCAUUAUGAAUCCAUCAACAUCGCAGCAGGGCGCGACUAAGGAAUCGAAUUGGAUCGGGUACAUAGCUGUAGCUGAAGACGAGGCAAAGAAGGAACUGGGGAGGAGAGACAUCGUGGUUGCAUGGCGAGGUACGAUACAGCCACUUGAAUGGAUUGAAGAUUUUAAUGCUCCUUUGAUUCCUGCUACUGAUAUUCUUGGAAGAAACAAGAAUGCUCGAGUUCAUCGAGGAUUUCAUUCGGUUUAUACUUCUACCAAUCCUGCUUCUGCAAACAGUAAGACAAGUGCCAGGGAGCAGGUAUUUGAAGCAGUGAAGCAGCUGGUGAAUCAAUACCAGAAUGAAGAAAUCAGCAUAACCGUAAUCGGCCACAGCUUAGGUGCAGCACUUGCAACUAUGAGUUCUGCUGACAUUGUCACCAAUGGACUGAACCGAAGCGAUAGCAACGCCACCAAAAGUUGUCCUGUCACAGCCUUCGCCUAUGCCUGCCCACGCACGGGGGAUCAAGGCUUCCGACAUGCCUUAGAUGAUAUGCAAGAUCUUCGUAUUCUUCGUAUCAAAAAUGCUCCUGAUAUAGUACCGCAAGUUCCACCCGUAACAGUAGGUUACCGAGAUAUCGGGGAGGAACUACUCAUCGACACUCGAAUGUCUCCGUACUUGCAGCCACCGGGAGGGUUCCUAAGUUGGCAUAUGUUAGAGACAUAUCUGCAUGGAAUUGCUGGAACACAAGGGAACAAUCCUUUUAAUUUAGCUGUUAAUCGCGACAUUUCAUUGGUGAACAAGAGCUCGAAUCUGUUGAAGCCCGAACACAAUGUGCCCGGAUAUUGGUGGAGUACUGCAAACCACGGUAUGUCUCAACAGCCCGAUGGUGCAUGGAAGCUUGAUCCCAGUCAGGAUAGUGAAGACUAAGACGCAUAUUAUAUGUGCUAGAAAAAGCUGCAAAUUGAGUAUAGACUUUAAUUACUAAAUGUAUUAGAAAAAUAAAAUACAGUAACGUGAGAUUCAAUCUCAUGUAUAAUCUACAAGUUCUGCAUUAAUACAAGUUAUGUUAUCUGAUGUAAGUCAAAAAGAAAUCCGUUUGAAGUUGUAAUUGCAUUUGAUUUCAGACAGAAAAAGAAGUUGAAAUUGCAUUUUUGA